CCAACAGUCUGUGGCGUCCUCGUCUCCGCCCUGCGCGCUGGGCUGCGUCCUGAUCUGCGCACAUGUGAGCUGAGAGUAGGUGCGUAGACGGCCCGCGCGCCGCGACAAUCCGUACGAUUUGUAGAUCGGCGAAAGAAGAAGCACUUGUCCCCUCAUAUGUGAACGGCAACCCGGUGUAUUUGGAUGCAAAGUCAGCCCACAGACUGACAGCUCGGCGCUCGAAAUGGCACGUCUUUUAGGAGGAAAAGCUUGUUUGAAUACGAUGGACCUCCGGACAGCUGGCUGAGCAGCUACGACAGACACUUCCCGGGAGCGAUUUCAUUUGUCUCCGAAUUGGGUUACGGCCCUUUGGAUGGUCCUUCUUACUCGGAUGCAACCACACGCCCAUGCGACGAUGUCGGUGGAUAUUGGUGCCCUCAGUGUCCAGGUUAGGUUACAGUAAACGCUAACUGUUUACGUAUUAAAAUAAAGCUGUUUGGGGCGGAAGACGCAAGCUGGGACUGGAUACCUACAACAUUUUGCGUGCAUAAUAAAAAACGAAUUAUUGUUAUUAUUAUUAUUAUUAUUAUUAUUAUUAUUAUUAUUAUUACUAAGAGGAGGUGUCGAUCUAUUGAUAAAGGCAACAUGGAGACGGAGUGGCUCUCUUCAUCACAUUAUUUCAUCUCGUCCACUCGGAUCAGUGAUACUGUAAUGCUGCAAUGCCUCCACACAAACCUUCGUUGACAAUAUUUUCCACCUUAUUGCCACCGUGCGAUUGUUUCUGUGCCUCCUAAAGAAGUCGCGGACAUUUAAAACUCACACCUUCGCCACAAGACUUACUGAUUGAUGAUCUGAAACUACCGUGCGCGCGGGGAAAGCGGCAGGAUAAUGAUAAAUGUUGGCAUCCCUUUACUAUCUCCGGCGCACGAGAGUUUCCUUUCCAAUCGAGGACCCGUCUCCAUCACAAAUGUAGCCCAGCAGAGGCGACUGAACCAGGCCGCUGCACAGACACGGAGGCGGGUUUGUUGUCGGCUGGAUGCUGAACAUGGUGCCACUUUACAGCUCUGUAUCGAAUACCUGCCGUCCUGCCGUCGGCUUGUUUCUCUAAUUCCCCAGCUGUCUUAAAAUGGACGGGGCCUUUUUGGUUUACUGCUAUUCAGGGAGACGCUGAACCGGCUCGCGAGUUGCCAUUCAUGUAGGAUUUAGCCUGGACCGGCUUGUCGGGAUGUAGGGCGAACAUCCGCGGAUAUUUCCUAACAUAAUAUAGAAGAGAAAACUGCACAUAUUCAUGGAGAGAUGGCUGGCGGGGGAGGUGCGUCUACGCUGGGCUGGAUGAGAAAUAAUGAGGACCCCCGCUCAGAGGAUUUCACUCAGCUCAAACACAGACUGCGGUUUUUAUUGGCACCUUAAAUAGUCUGUAUCCCAAACUGAAAUUGAUCUGACAAUCAGUUGUGAUUUUAUGAUCAACUCUGAGUGUCUCUGUCAAGACAAGUACGAGUUCUCAAUGGGAUGAUAAUAACUUCAGAGGAGGUUAUGUAUUUAUUAGACCAAGAGAUUCAAAACUGUAAAGGCAUCAUGAGCUCAGAUUUAGUUUUUGUUCAGUUUAUAUGAACUUAACUUAAUUGUAACAGCAAUGUAGGGAAAUCCAUACUAAAUAUGUAACUGUUUAUUAACUGUAGGCAAUUCAUUGAGAGACCAGAGAGAGAAAUAAUGUCUGGAUUUAAUUUUGCAGUUCACUCUCUGAUCAGGAACUCAUCAGAGUGAAGGCAUCUUUCCAAAGAAUUUCAUCAGACCUGCUGCUUCUUAGAUAAACACACAUUCAGUGAGAAUCUGUGGCAGCUUUUUAAAAGACACAUUUGUGGAAACAGUCAAUUAGGUUUCUGGGUGGUGGUGGUGGUGGGGGUUACACUCAUGGCUCUGCUGAGAGUCAUUGUUUGACCUGAUGUACAUUGUCCCUGAAUGAACUUGCCUUUGGGAAUACAUGUUACUUACACACUGCGUAGCAACAGUGCAGCAGCAACCGGUGACAGGAUUUGGCACAGUUUCAGCAGCGAGAUGUGGUGAUGGGGGAGAGCAGUUGCAGCUCUCUGAUCCUCUGAUCCCCUCUCCCCCCUGCUGGUGGUCGAGGACACCUCGUCUCAGUCAAUGGGCCCUGUAUGGAUUUUGUGCCUGAGUUGACAGAGGGCAGGCCGACAGCGUCAAACAGCAGUCAGGCUGCCAUGAACCCAUACGGCAGAGCGAGCAGCACAGCAGCCCCCCUGUCCUGCACCAGCUGUGGGGGCUGCUGCUCCCCGCCUCCCCCUUGCCUAAUCCCGCCUGGGCCUCCCUCCUCUACUACCUCCUCCUCCUCCUCCAUGCCUCCAAAUAUGACCCCUCCGCCACUGAUGUUUGCAGCCCCGGUUGUGCAGGUGGAGAACGGCAGCAGCUGGAACUCCUCCACCAUCUCUUCCUCCGGCUCCCCAGACUCCCACCCUGGUCACCGCUGUGGGGCCAACAACCCCAACCCCUACUGGACAGCAGUGUUUGACUAUGAGGCCACAGCAGAUGAGGAAUUAACCUUGCGGCGUGGAGACCUUCUUGAGGUUCUCUCCAAAGACUCCAAAGUGUCUGGGGAUGAGGGUUGGUGGACGGGCAAGAUCCAGGACAAGGUGGGUAUCUUUCCAAGCAACUACGUCACGAGGGGGGACGCUGCCAGCUACCAGCAGCUGACUGCAGGAGGGCUGGUGGCAGGCGGGGUGGGUGAAUGCCCCUUGGAGAUAGACUUCUCAGAACUGCUUCUGGAGGAGGUGAUAGGAGCUGGUGGGUUUGGGAAAGUGUACAAAGGAGUGUGGCGGGGAGAGGAAGUAGCAGUAAAGGCAGCCAGGCAAGACCCGGACGAGGAUAUCAGCGUCACAGCAGAGAGCGUGCGGCAGGAGGCCAGGCUGUUCUGGAUGCUCCGGCACCCCAACAUAAUCGCGCUCCGCGGGGUCUGCCUGCGGGAGCCCAACCUGUGCCUGGUGAUGGAGUACGCCAGAGGAGGGGCUCUGAACCGAGCCUUGGCUGGAAAGAAGGUUCCCCCGAGGGUUCUGGUGAACUGGGCAGUCCAGAUUGCCACAGGAAUGGACUACCUGCACAACCAGGCAUUUGUACCUAUCAUCCACAGAGACCUUAAGUCCAGCAACAUCCUCAUUCUGGAGCCGGUGGAGCGGGACGACCUGAGCGGGAAAACCCUAAAGAUCACAGACUUUGGUCUGGCCAGAGAGUGGCACCAGACCACCAAGAUGAGCGCAGCGGGGACCUACGCCUGGAUGGCCCCGGAGGUCAUCAAGCUGUCCCUCUUCUCCAAGAGCAGCGAUGUGUGGAGUUUCGGCGUGUUACUCUGGGAGCUGCUGACUGGUGAGGUUCCUUACCGGGAGAUAGAUGCACUGGCAGUCGCUUACGGUGUCGCAAUGAACAAGCUAACGCUUCCCAUCCCUUCAACCUGCCCUGAACCUUUUGCACAGCUACUUGGAGAGUGCUGGAGCCCCAACCCCCACAGCAGGCCCUCAUUCACCAACAUCCUGAGGCGACUGCUGGCCAUCGAGCAGUCGGCCAUGUUCCAGAUGCCUCUGGAGUCCUUCCACUCCUUACAAGAAGACUGGAGGCUCGAGAUCCAGCAGAUGUUCGAUGAGCUCAGGGCCAAAGAGAAGGAGCUGAGAUCUUGGGAGGAGGCAUUGGCUCGGGCGGCCGAGGAGCAGAGGGAGCAGGAGGAGCAGCUGAGGAGGAGAGAGCAGGAGCUGGCGGAGAGGGAGAUCGACAUCGUGGAGCGAGAGCUGAACAUCAUCAUCCACCAGAUGUAUCAGGAGAAACCCAGUGUGAAGAAAAGGAAGGGCCACUUCAAGAAGAGCAGAUUACUGAAGCUGGGCCGAGACAGCAACUGCAUCAGUCUGCCCUCUGGCUUCGAGCAUAAGAUCACAGUGCAGGCGUCUCCCAGUGUGGACAAGAGGAAGACGCAGGGAAGCGAGAGCACCACCCCGCCUGCCAGCCCGGGGGUCAUACCUCGACUGAGAGCCAUUAGAUUGACACCGAGUGAUGGCAGUAAGACGUGGGGACGCAGCGCAGUGUGUAAGAAGGAAGACCUGACGACCAACAAAAAGAAAGGACGCACAUGGGGACCAAGCUCCACUCACCAGAGAGAGAGGGUUGGCGGGGAAGAAAAGCUGAAAUCACUGGGUGAGGGAAGCAAAGUUUGGUCGUCCAGCGCACCAAAUCUGGGCAAAUCCCCCAAACAUGCACCCAUGACUGCUGGCUUCUCCAGCCUGAAUGAAAUGGAGGAGUGCUGUGAGUUCGAGGAGUCACCAGGGUCCUUGCUGCCCUCAGAGACCAGCAGUAACGGGGCCAUGGAGGACGCAGGGUCUCUAUGGGGCAGCCUGGGGCCCAACACGAUGCCUGCUGUCGCGGUGUCCAGUACGGGCUCCUGUCAGGGUCCUGGAGGUCUUGGGGCGGGGGUGAGCUACCAGGACUCGCUCCGGCGCUGCAACCAGAGGAAGAAAAGCGAUAUGUUGUUGUUGGGCUGCGCCUCUCUGCUCGCGUCCGUCGCCCUCGGACAAGACCUGCUGCAGCUGGGAAAACUGCAGGUGCUUCAGGACGAGCAGGACCUCAGAGAGGAGCAGCGCAAGAAGAAGGAGGGUCUCUUUCAACGGACGGGACGUUUCCGUCGCAGCACCUCCCCACCCAGCCGAAACCUCUCCCUCUCCCUCUCCAGACAUCACGACUCCACGCUGCCCUGCAUGGACCCCUCUCCCUCUGUCACACUCCUCUCUCUGUCCUCUCUGUCCGACUGCAACUCCACAAAGUCCCUCCUCCCCUCUGACCUGGACGAGUACCCCCUGACCCCGAUGGCGGGGGUCAAAACGCCGGCGGUGGCGGCUGCUGCGCCAGCUCCGGCCCUGAACCCGCUCUUAGACCUGCGGGCAGAGAGCUUCAAGAAGGAGCCCAACCAGUCGCUCACACCCACCCACGUGUCUGCGGCCAUGGCCCUGAACAGAGGACACAGACGCACCCCUUCGGACGGGGCAAUACGACCGCGAGCCCAAACUCUGGGACACCACAGGACGCCGUCGGAUGGGAGCAUGCCCAUGCCUCCUCCACCUGGGGUAUCGCACAUCACAACAAACAAAGGUACACAGGACACCCUGGACAUCCCCCGCCUUCCCGACCCCUCCACCAUCUUCCCAAUCCCUCAUCGGCGUAAAGCCCCCGCUCCACCGAUCCCUGAACCGGAUCCUCUCUGCCUCAUCAGCCCCCUGGAGAGACCCAAGACGCUGGAGUUCGCCCCCCGGCCACGGCCCACCCCGGCCAGGAUGAGAGCCGACCCCUGGAAGCUGGGCUCUCUCUCUCGGACCCUGAGCUCGUCGCCGGGCAGCAGCUGCGACAGCCCGCUCGGUUCGGGGGACAGCAGCGCCAGCGCUGCGCGACCCAACCUGAUGGACAUGGACAUGGAGGGCCAGAGUUCGGACCACACUGUCCCUCUGUGUGGACAGCUGCAGCCUGCCACUCUGUGUGGACAACAAUACUCGUAGUGAAAAAAAAACUACAGCGAGUAAACAUUUCCAAUUCUACUUUUUUGCAUUCAAACCUGUUCCAGGACAUUAGAGCUUGGGCUGAAUAAAGAACGCCUUCUGAUGUCUGAGCCGAGCAAAGUGCACUCACCGAAGUUUGCAAAAACAUCCUACUUCUCGUCAUGUUUUUAGGCACUUACUGGAAGCCAUCCCUCUCGUGUGCCCUUUUAGCGUCCUAAUAAGGUGUGAAACACUUACAGCAAGCCUUUUCCCCGAUAGUGCUCUCUAACCUGCACGAUACUGAGGGUCCUAGAGGCCUCUUAAAAGCCUUGUAGUACGUUCACCCACCUACUUUACCCAACACUACUUCCUUCCCACCUUGGAAACCAUCUCUACCUGCUUCUUAGUGCCCCAUGACCAGGUUGCACAACCUUCAAAAGCCAUUCAAAUACUUAAAAAGGCCACUUUUUGACUUUGCUAAGUGUUCGUUUCAGUCCAUCUGCUUGUGCUUUUGCCUGUCUGUGUAGCCGCCCACUUCCUGCUCUCAUCUUUCCUGUCUCCUGCUCCACAAAGACCACAUAAAUCUUCCAUCGCUCACUAAGUCACCUAAACAUUUGUCAUUUCAGGAGUGUUUCUCUGAUAGAAAGAAGAGCUGGACUGUAAAUUCUUAAUUAGAGUGUCCUUGUUCUUAUUUUGCACGCCCUUUGUUCCACCGGUGCACAAACAUCUCCCAUUUAAUUCCUCACGUUUCUCUGCAUGGGGGGAGUCAUCGUCCUCUUCCUUCCAAGACUGAGACAGGAAAAAGCCUUUUUCUCAAAGCACUGGUGGACUGGUGAUAUCCUCAGCCUUGUACAGUAAAAAAAAAAAAGAAAACAAAAAAACAGAGUUUAUUUUCUCAGUGCUUGCACCAUCCCUGCCGCAACCUGUUAGCAAAAAUGUUUUUCUAUUGGUUUGGCAGACCAGGUGUGUUUCUCUAUGUGUGAAUGUGUAUAUACUACUGUACAUGUGUAUGGAUGAACAAAAUGGGUUCUUUUUUGUUGCGUGCUGGUGCUUUUUCAGUGCAUGUUAUUUUACAUGUGAAUGGUUGGCUGUACACCACAUGCAGCACUUCUUCUAAAUAAGACUACACACGCAUUCACAUCCGUUUGUCUUUUACACGUUUUAUUUCAAUGAAGACAUUCCUCGCUAGCAGCCAGUAGCAGUCUGUAUGGAUUCCGGACACACACGCACACACACACACACACACACACACACACA